AUGUCUACCAACCCCCGCUUCGACCCCAACUUCACCCCCUAUGUGAUCAACUCCAUGGGGCCCAAGACCCCCGAGCGUGCUCGCGUGAUCUUGGGAUCUCUGAUUCGGCACAUUCACGACUUCGCUCGUGAGGUCGAACUUACUCCCGCCGAGUGGAUGCUCGGUGUUGAGUUCAUCAACUCCAUCGGCAAGAUCAGCACUCCCAUUCGCAACGAAUGCCACCGUAUUUGCGACGUGAUCGGUCUCGAAUCUCUCGUUGACGAAAUCGCGAACCGCAUCGUCACCGAACAGGGUCUCUCGCCCACCUCCAACGUUAUCCUCGGCCCCUUCUGGUCUCCCAACGCCCCCUUCCGCGAACUCGGUGACUCCAUUAUUCAGGACCCCAACCCGAACGGCAAGGUUACAUUCAUGCAUGGUGUACUGAGGGAUAUGGAAACGGGCGCCCCCAUCGCAGGCGCCGUCCUCGAUAUCUGGCAAGCAUCUGCCAACGGCCAGUACGACUUUCAGGACCCCAACCAGAGUGAGAACAAUCUGCGCGGCAAAUUCCGUUCCAACGAGAAGGGCGAAUUUUACUGGUACUGCUACCACCCGACACCUUAUUCUCUGCCCACCGAUGGACCCGCCGGUGUGCUCCUGAACCUCAUGGACCGUUCGCCUAUGCGUCCCGCUCACAUCCACCUCAUGAUCACUCACCCCGACUACGCCACCGUCAUCAACCAGAUUUACCCCUCCGACGACCCUCACCUAGACAUCGACUCUGUUUUCGCUGUGAAGGACGACUUGGUGGUCGACUUCAAGCCCAAGACUGACGACCCCAAGGCCGAGCUGGAUCUCGAGUACAAUGUCAAGAUGGCGCUGAAGAAACACCACCCCAACCCCAACUCUGCGCCUCCCGUGUCGUCAUUUGAGCGGUAUAACAAGGCCGGCAAGGAGAAGCUGUGA